AUGGAGAAAGAGAAGGAGCAGCUUCUCGUCGGCGAGGAGGUCGCCACCCGACCUCAACCCAGAGCUGUGCGCAGGCGCGCAGCUAUUUGGGCGUUAGGGGCGACGGCACUGUUGAUGCUGUUCUUGCACGGAACCAUUAAACGUGCUGCACUUGGGUGCUUCCAACACCGCAAAAUCAACGGCGGCAUUCUAUCGAGCCAGGGACUGAUGGAAGCCGAGUCAGCGGAAGUUUGCACCACACCAGCUUGCGUACAUGCUGCUUCCGAAUUACUGUAUAAUUUGUCGCCUGAAUACAAGGACCUGGAUGCUUGCACGAAUUUCGAGGAGCUGGUCUGUGGUGGCUGGAAAGAGCGGCAUGAUCUGCGACCCGAUCAAGGAGACGCGUUCACUGGCACUAUCAUGUCCGAAAACUCCCAGCUAUUGCUUCGACAUAUUCUGGAGGCGUCAUACCCUAAGGAUUCAAGCCAUUCGGAGUUCUCGCCCGUGAGGCUGCUUGCGACUGAAGCUUCCGCUGAUGAGGACAACUUCAAGAAAUUGCAAGACGGCUACAAUGCUUGUCUUGAUGAGGCUACCAUCAAGGAAGCUGGUACUAAGCCGCUCGAGGAGAUCUUGAGCAAGAUCAGGGAGCUGUACAAGGUUGACGAGCCAUGCCCUAGUGGCGAGGACAUCGCGAAAACUGUGCUCUACCUGUCGGAGCUUGGUGUCACUGCACUUGUGACCGCCGGCACUGGAGCGGACGACAAGGAUCCCGACAAAGUUGUCGUCUCUGUGUCGGCGCCCUGGAGGAUCGGCUUGCCGUCGAAGGAGCGCUACGAGGACGAUGACUUACUCAACGGCUACGAGGGAACGAUUGGCAGAAUCUUUCAACACAUGCAUCUUACCAACCAGCCCAUCCCGCGCAAAGUCAUCCAGCUGGAGCAAAAGCUUGCUGCUGCUUGCCCGGAUCAAGAAGACAUGUUCGAUGUGACCAACCAGCUACCCAAGGACACCUCGGCUGACAAUGUCAUCAACAUGACCCCGGACUACCUCAAGAAGCUGGCUGGGAUUCUGGAAGAGACCGACCGGGAUGUACUACUAGGAUAUUUCUACUGGAAGACCAUUCAGGCUUAUGGUCCUUACAUCGAGGCCGACGUUCUGAAGCCUCUCAAGGAGUGGAACAAUUUCCUAGCAGGCAAAGACAAGGAUGCAGAGGAGGACCGAUGGCGAACUUGCGUUGAUCACGUUGACGGCGGCUUGGGCUGGAUCCUGUCGCGCUUCUUCAUCGAGAAGGCUUUCUCUGAAAAAGCCAAGAACUUUGGUGACCAGAUUGUGUCGGACAUCAAGACGGAGUUCAUCGAGAAGCUCAAGAAGACUGAGUGGAUGGAGAAGGAAGUGCAGGAUCUUGGCAUUGACAAGGUGCACAAUAUUGUACAGAAGAUCGGCUACCCAACGAAGAGCCCGGACAUCAUGAACCCGACAAAGCUAGCUAAGUACUAUUCGGACGUCUCAGUCUCUCCCAAGACCUUCUUUGCCAACGCCGUCACCAUGGCCCGCUCCGAGAUCACCAAAUCCUGGGCAGCGUACGGCAAGCCAGUUGAUCGCAACGAAUGGGGCAUGACAGUCCCUACCGUCAACGCAUACUACAACCCACCGGGCAACGAGAUUGUCUUCCCUGCCGGCAUCAUGCAAUUCCCUGUCUUCGACGUCAAUGUUCCCGAGUACCUUUCCUACGGCGCCUUCGGCUCCGUUUCAGGCCACGAACUCUCUCACGCUUUCGAUAGCACUGGCCGCCACUACGACCAGACUGGCAACUACACCGACUGGUGGACCGAGCACACUGUGCGCGAAUUCGAGAAGCGAGCGGAUUGCUUCGUCGAGCAGUACCACAACUACACGAUCGACGGCCCCGACGGCAAACCACUCCACGUCAACGGCAAAUUGACCUUAGGCGAGAACAUCGCCGAUGCAGGUGGCGUCUCAGCAGCGUUCAGCGCAUGGAAGAAGCGCGCGGCCGAGAAGAAGAAUCAGAACUUGCCUGGUUUGGAGCAUUUCACGCAAGAGCAGCUGUUCUUUGUAAACUAUGCGAAUUGGUGGUGUGGUGCGAGCAGGAAGGAGACGGCUGUGAAUAGGAUUUACACGGACCCGCAUGCGCCCAAGUGGGCGCGCGUGUUGGGCACGAUGGCGAAUUCGAGGGAGUUCAAGGAGGCUUUCAGCUGUAAGGUGAAGGAGCCGGUUUGUGAGCUGUGGUGA